AUGACGCAGCCUCGGGCCACGCGCCUGUUUCCCACCCUUGCCAUCCCCGCCGCUAUUCGUGGGCGCGUGUCGACGGGUCACUCGGCCCUUCGACGUUGGGCCGAGUUGGAACGCCAAUGCUACAGGCACAAUUGCCUCGAUGCCCGGUCGCUCUCAUGUUCCUUUCACUCGUCCCAUCCUAAACCCUUCGCGGCCGAAUGCCUCCAGCUCUCCGGAACCAUCUUUCAAGAGGUUCACACAUUCACCGGUCUACCAUGGUACCUGUCGAUCCCGUUGACCGCUUCCCUCCUUCGGAUGACCUGGAUUCCAGUCCAGCUGUUGACACACCGAAGUCGGAAACGGAGAGAAAGCGCCAUGCACCUCGCAACUGCUUGGCGCAUAGCAUAUCAAGACACGGCGAGGAUAAAAUAUCCCGCGGGAAGGGAAGCAGACGCCAAAAGAGCUGAGAGCUGGGUGGCGAGCCAGCUCAAAGCCCGAAAAAAGGCCAUUCAAAAGCACAUCCCAUAUCUACCAAUAUGGGUGGAACCAGUACUUGCGCUAUCAUUCAUACCUGUAUGGGUAUUCAGUAUGGACUGCAUACGGCGCAUGGCGGGCGACAAACGGACCGUGACGUCGAUGUUCUUCAGAUCUGACGGCGGUACCGUGGAUCCAAACAUUGUGCCCGCGGAACCAGGCUUUCAGACUGAAAGUCUCUGGUGGAUAUCCGACCUGGCCUCGCCGGACCAACUCUGGAUUCUCCCAGUGACAUAUGGGACCCUAGCGACCUUGAGUGUGUGGCUUAGGGUGAGGGAUGCUGCCAAACAACGGCCAGAAGUUAGCUAUUCGAAUAGCGACGACGCGAGAUUAAGGGUUCUCGCUGCAAAAUUCAACAGGGUUUUGUCCUAUGUCAUGACAGCCCUGCCUUCCGUCUUUACGUAUCUCAUUAUCAGGAGUGACCUGUCCACAGCUGUGGUGCUGUAUCUCAUCGGGACCACGACGACGCAACUUGUGCAGCGGCCUCUCCUCGCCAGCGUCCUGGGGACCACCAAGCUCGUUCCACCUCUGAGAGCAAAACAAGCGAAAGCCAAAGGACAAGUGGAGGCAUGA